AGGCGCUUGCUACGUUCGCCGUUCGGCGCUGGUGUGCGAGUGCUAGCUGGGCUAGUGUGUGUGUGUGUGUGCACGCAACAGCAAGUGUGUGUGUGUGUGCAAAGCAGUAUUGUCAAAAUUUACAAAAAAAAAACCAAGCGAAGAACGGAAAAACUCAUGAAAUGAGAAGCUUACAGUUAAAUAACUAAAGUGACUGAGGUGUGCGUGAGCUUGUGUGUGUGCGUGCGAACGGAGCAAGGCGUUCCAGGGUCCUGGCAAGGCCAGCGAUCUUCUGUUUACAAACACAUCAUCAUCAACAUCGGCGCCCAUCUCUCUUUUAGCUGCAACAUUUGGAAGACUGGAAGACUGCGAGCAGCCCGCCGCGCGCACCAGAAGCAACAAGUAAACAGCCCGGGCCCGGAACAAGCAAACAUACGCAAACGCACCAGCCAAACGCGCACCUGGGAAGGCCCGGGUGUGCUCGGGGUGCGUCCGCAUGUGGUGGCGUUGGCGGCACUCCGAUAGAAGCAAUAGAACCGAGUCCCGAAGUGACCUCAUCGCAGCCAGAUUCCAGGGCUUGAUUCCCAUCUGACAGAGAGAGAGAGAGAGAGAGAGUGACACUUAGCUAAUUCCCAUAUUCCAGUUCCUCCUGCAGGGCUGCAGGGUAGGACCCACAGAGCAACGGGAAGAAGCAGCUAACCGGCGAACCUGCCAUGGAUGUGGAACGAAAAAGACGGGCGAACACGCUCGAGCGCGAGAUGCGCGAUCCCACCAGCAUCUGCAAUGUGGACUGCCUGCUGGACACGGUGUCGGCUUUGGUCAGCGACUGCGACCACGACUCGCUGCGGCGGCUCAAGAACAUCGAGCAGUAUGCGGCCAAGUACAAACCCCUGGCCCUGCGCAUCAAUCAGCUGCGCAUGAACGUGGAGGACUUUGACUUCAUCAAGCUGAUCGGCGCCGGCGCCUUUGGUGAGGUGCAACUGGUGCGGCACAAGUCCUCCAGCCAGGUGUACGCCAUGAAGCGUCUGUCCAAGUUCGAGAUGAUGAAGCGCCCGGACUCGGCCUUCUUCUGGGAGGAGCGUCACAUCAUGGCGCAUGCCAACUCCGAGUGGAUUGUCCAGCUGCACUUUGCCUUCCAGGAUGCCAAAUACCUGUAUAUGGUGAUGGACUUCAUGCCCGGCGGCGACAUAGUGUCGCUGAUGGGCGACUAUGAGAUACCAGAGAAGUGGGCCAUCUUCUAUACAAUGGAGGUGGUGCUGGCUCUGGACACCAUCCAUAACAUGGGCUUUGUGCACCGUGACGUCAAGCCGGACAACAUGCUCUUGGACAGCUAUGGCCACCUGAAGCUGGCUGACUUUGGCACCUGCAUGCGCAUGGGUGCCAAUGGCCAGGUGGUGUCCAGCAAUGCGGUGGGCACGCCGGAUUACAUCAGUCCGGAGGUGUUGCAGUCGCAGGGCGUGGACAAUGAGUAUGGGCGGGAGUGUGACUGGUGGUCGGUGGGCAUCUUUCUCUACGAGAUGCUGUUCGGAGAGACGCCCUUCUAUGCGGACUCCCUGGUGGGCACCUAUGGCAAGAUCAUGGACCACAAGAACUCGCUUAGCUUUCCGCCCGAAGUGGAGAUCAGCGAGCAGGCCAAGGCCCUUAUCCGUGCCUUCCUUACGGACCGGACACAGCGCCUGGGUCGGUAUGGCAUCGAGGACAUCAAGCAGCAUCCAUUUUUCCGCAACGACACCUGGUCAUUUGACAACAUACGCGAGAGUGUGCCGCCGGUGGUGCCGGAGCUCUCCUCCGACGAUGAUACGCGCAAUUUCGAGGACAUUGAACGCGAUGAGAAGACGGAGGAGGUGUUUCCCGUGCCCAAGGGCUUCGAUGGCAACCACCUGCCCUUCAUCGGCUUCACGUAUACCGGCGACUACCAGCUGCUGUCCAGCGACACUGUCGAUGCCGAGUCCAAGGAGGCUGCGGCAGCGGUGAACAGUGGCAGUGGAACGGCGAGCAACAAUCACGCCCAUGGCCCUGGUCAUGGACAGGGGCAUAACCACCGCCAUAGGCCAUCCAAUUCCAAUGAGCUGAAGCGUCUGGAGGCGCUGCUGGAACGGGAGCGGGGAAGAUCGGAGGCUUUGGAGCAGCAGGACGCCGGGCUGCGGCAACAGAUCGAGCUGAGCACGAAGCGAGAGACCGAGCUGCAGCGUAUCGCCUCGGAGUACGAGAAGGAUCUGGCCCUGCGGCAGCACAACUACAAGGUGGCCAUGCAGAAGGUGGAGCAGGAGAUCGAGCUGCGCAAGAAGACCGAGGCGCUGCUGGUGGAGACGCAGCGCAAUCUGGAGAACGAGCAGAAGACGCGAGCGCGUGACCUCAAUAUCAACGACAAGGUGGUGUCGCUGGAGAAGCAGCUGCUCGAAAUGGAGCUGAGCUACAAGACCGAGACGGAGCACACACAGAAGCUGAAGAAGCAGAACGCCGAGCUGGGCUUCACGCUCAAGUCGCAGGAGGAGAAGGUGCGCGACAUGAUCGAAAUGAUCGACACACUGCAGAAGCACAAGGAGGAGCUGGGUCAGGAGAAUGCCGAGCUGCAGGCCCAGGUGGUGCAGGAGAAGAACCUGCGCUCGCAGCUCAAGGAGCUGCAGAAGGAGACCGAGAACAAGAUGCAGACGCUGGCCAAUGAUAUCGAGCGGACGAUUAGUCGCGAGCAGAAGGCCCAGGACGACAACCGAGCGCUGCUCGAGAAGAUCAGCGACCUGGAGAAGGCCCAUGCCAGUCUGGACUUUGAGCUGAAGGCGGCCCAGGGCCGCUACCAGCAGGAGGUCAAGGCCCACCAGGAGACGGAGAAAUCCCGGCUGGUCUCGCGAGAGGAGGCCAACCUGCAGGAGGUGAAGGCCCUGCAGUCGAAGCUAAACGAGGAGAAGUCCGCCCGCAUCAAGGCCGACCAGCAUUCGCAGGAGAAGGAGCGCCAGCUGAGCAUGCUCUCGGUGGACUACCGCCAGAUCCAGCUGCGCCUGCAGAAGCUCGAGGGCGAGUGCCGCCAGGAGUCGGAGAAGGUGGCUGCCCUGCAGUCGCAGCUCGACCAGGAGCACAGCAAGCGCAAUGCCCUGCUGUCGGAGCUCAGUCUGCACAGCUCAGAGGUGGCCCACCUGCGCUCCCGCGAGAACCAGCUGCAGAAGGAGCUGGCCGCUCAGCGCGAGGCGAAGCGACGCUUCGAGGAGGACCUCACUCAGCUGAAGAGCACCCAUCACGAGGCGCUGGCCAACAAUCGGGAGCUGCAGGCACAGCUCGAGGCGGAGCAGUGCUUCUCGCGGCUGUACAAGACGCAGGCGAACGAGAAUCGCGAGGAGAGUGCCGAGCGUAUGGCCAAGAUCGAGGAUCUCGAGGAGGAACGUGUCUCGCUGAAGCACCAGGUUCAGGUGGCCGUGGCUCGUGCCGAUUCCGAGGCUCUAGCCCGCUCCAUUGCCGAGGAGACGGUGGCCGAUCUUGAGAAGGAGAAGACGAUCAAGGAGCUGGAGCUAAAGGACUUUGUGAUGAAGCACCGCAACGAGAUCAAUGCCAAGGAGGCGACCCUGGCCACGCUCAAGGAAACGGAAACCGAGCUGCACAAGAAGCUGGGCCAAAAGGCCGUCGAGUGCGAGGAUCUGGUGCAGCAGCACAAGAAGCAGCAGGAGGAUCUGGCCCAGCUGAGGGGCAGCAAGGACGAGGAGAUAGCCAAGCUGCAGGAGAAGUGCAAGAACGAGGUGCUGCUCAAGCAGGUGGCGGUCAACAAGCUGGCCGAGGUGAUGAACCGCCGCGACUCCGACCUGCCCAAGCAAAAGAGCAAGGCCCGUUCCACCGCCGAGCUGCGCAAGAAGGAGAAGGAAAUGCGACGACUGCAGCUGGAGCUGUCGCAGGAGCGCGAAAAGUACAACCAAUUGCUGCUGAAGCAUCAAGACCUGCAGCAGACCUGCGCCGAGGAGCAGCAGCUCAAGCAGAAAAUGGUCAUGGAGAUCGACUGCAAGGCCACCGAGAUCGAGCAUCUGCAGAGCAAGCUCAACGAGACGGCGUCUUUGUCCUCCGCGGACAACGAUCCCGAGGAUAGCCAGCACUCCUCUCUGCUCUCCCUCACACAGGACUCGGUCUUCGAGGGCUGGCUAAGUGUGCCCAACAAGCAGAACCGGCGGCGUGGCCACGGUUGGAAGCGACAGUAUGUGAUUGUCUCCUCCCGGAAGAUCAUAUUCUACAACUCGGACAUUGACAAGCACAACACCACGGAUGCCGUGCUCAUCCUGGACCUCAGCAAAGUGUACCACGUACGCAGCGUCACCCAGGGCGAUGUCAUACGCGCCGAUGCCAAAGAGAUUCCGCGCAUCUUCCAGCUUCUGUAUGCCGGCGAGGGCGCCUCCCAUCGUCCCGACGAGCAGAGUCAGCUGGAUGUGAGCGUCCUCCAUGGCAAUAGCAAUGAGGAGCGCCCCGGCACCAUUGUCCACAAGGGUCACGAGUUCGUCCACAUUACGUACCACAUGCCCACGGCCUGUGAGGUGUGCCCGAAGCCGUUGUGGCACAUGUUCAAGCCGCCGGCGGCUUACGAAUGCAAGAGAUGCCGCAACAAGAUACACAAGGAGCAUGUGGACAAGCACGAUCCUUUGGCGCCCUGCAAGCUCAAUCAUGAUCCGCGUAGUGCCCGGGACAUGCUGCUGCUGGCCGCCACGCCCGAGGAGCAGUCGCUGUGGGUGGCGCGACUGCUGAAGCGUAUCCAAAAGAGUGGAUACAAGGCCAACUCGUCCAACAACAAUAGCACCGAUGGCAGCAAGAUAUCGCCCAGCCAAUCGACGCGCUCCUCCUACAAGCCGUAUGCGGUCAAUGUGCAACGCUCCGCCACGCUGCCGGCCAACUCAUCGCUAAAAUGAAAGCCGCCCGCCUGCCUGCUCCAACCGAUCUCAGAUCGGGAGCAGCGAGACCAACAGCCUGUGCAAAACUGAUAAACUGAUACUACUUACUCCGCUGACAGAGCAAGGGGAGCGGGAGAGAGCAGCAGCAACGAGUGCAGCUACAACUACUGUCUAAAAUUAACGCUCUAAAACCAACAUAUAUGCUAAACAACAUGCUAAAGUAAUCUAAAAACUAUUUUUUGAUCAAUUUACAAGCCUAAAAAAAAAAAAAAACUAAAAACUUAAAGCUAAACAAAAACUGAGAGGGAAAACUAAUACGAAAAAAAAAACUACAAGUAUAUGUAAAGCCAAUGCAACGUCGUCUAACGCUUAUCUAACAACAAAAACCUAUUGAGAAAGUAACGAGAGAUCGGGAAAGAAUCGAGAAGAAUGGCGAGUAACGAGAGGUCAGAAAAGAAUCGAAAAGAACGGCGAGUAACGAGAGAUCAGGAAAGAAUCAAAAAGUAAUGGAAAACAGAGGUGGCAACGAGUGGUAGUGGCCAUGGAUAAACCCCAAUAUAUAUUUUAUAUAUAUAAUUAUAAAUGCGAUACUCUAUGCUAUUCCAUGGUAAGCUCUCUCUCUCUGCAUUCUGUAAGCUGCCUUCUGCAUACUGCUCAGCACAACGAUGACGAGAGCUGCUGUUGUACCCUUAGUUAAGUGUAUUCAAGCCGGAUACUCUCCCACUUAUUGAUGCCUUGUAGGAACCUUUUUUUUAUAAACAUUUACAUUUAUGCAUACAUAUACAGAUAUAUGUUUAUAUAUAUGAACUUUGUUGUUGUUGUGUAGCGAAUCCGAUUGGCCAAACAUUGUUCUUAGCUUGUAAAAAUAAGAGAAACAAUAACGAAACAGAUAUAUAUUCAACGAGAGCAUAUCCUGUAAGCUAGCUAACAGCACACACAAGGCAGAGCACUAAGUUAAAGCCACUUUACAAAGCUUUAACUUGUAUAUUCCAUUUAAUGAAACACAACUCUAUUCUAUUCUUUUUUUUUUUACAAAAAAAUAACCUAGACUUAGGCGUUGUAGUAUGAGAAGAUGCGAGAAUAUCAAUCAGUUACUUAAAAAGGCGGUUGCAGGUGCAAGUGAAUAUAUAUAUAUAAAUAUAUAUAUAUAUACAUACAUAUACUGUCCUCCGAUCCGAUCACGUUUGCAGUUAUCGCAGUUUCCACUUUUCUUUCCAAGCGACUACUCGCUGAGAUGUUGAGCGAGUGCAAGUUCCACUUUUAAUUAUAAUUUCCCAAAGUGAAAUGGUGAUUGGGGAGGCGGAAAUGAGGGAAACCGAAACGUAAUCGUAAGCGGACACGGAAGAGGACAUCCUCUUAGCCAUGGACAGAGCGAAACAUGAAUCGAAACCAGAGUAAACGUAAACGUAACCUAAACUAAAAUACAAUAUUACAAUUAAAAGUAACGUAAAAGUAAAGAGAGAAAUGAUGACGGACACAGGAGUUGUGUGUGUGUAAAAGGCUACGUCUAAGUAUUAAAUAUCCAAUAUGUUUUAGUUUGUAAGCUAAACAAAUUAUUUAUUUGUAUCGUUUUGUUCGAUGGCGUGCGCAGACGGAAAACGGCAGCAACAGGCAGCGAAGCACUCUCCAAUUUUUUUUUUUUAUUAUGAUUUUGUAUUCCCAUUUUUAAUGUUGAUUUUUGCUUUAAACCAAUUGUAUGAUUUCGAUGCCCAACGUUCAAAGUUUUUGUGUAAUUUUGAGAACGAGACGAACGAGUAGUGACGAGUAACGAGUGAGAGUGAGAGGCGCCAGCGAAUUGCAUUUAAAAGAACAGGCGAAAUUUAAUUUGAAUGCGAUUUAACAAUUACAUUAGGUAUCGGUUAUCGUUGUUGUUGCCAAUCGGCAAUCGUUAAGUUCUGACUUUGAUUUUGACUCUGAUCCUCGGUUGAAACCGAAAUCGAAACUGAAACGAAGACACGACGUCGACAUGGACAUUAUUGAAGCGCUGCUUUUUGCUUUUUACAAAUUUGUAUUUUAUUUGUACUAUUAUUAAUUAUGAUGAUCAUUCGUAUUACGUUUAUGUUUAAUAUUACUCUCUAGUGUAACCACGUCUGUAAUUGCAUUUGUCCUCGAAUCUUAUCGACUGGCAUCCAAAUGGAAUUGCAAGCGUUAAGGCAAAUAAAGUAAUAAUGUGUAUAAAAUCCCA